AAAAAAGAAAAAACAAACAAAUUUCUCCCAUUUUAUAAAUAUUUGGUAAUAAAACGACAAAUUCGUUCGACUAUCAGGAAAAAUCUUCACAGUUUCGUUCACCCUUAAGCUCAGCCCUUAGAGAUUGCGCUGGGCGAAUAACCGUAAACAGAAACACAUUCCAUAGGCAUAUAUAAAAUAGUUUUUUUGACCUACACAACUGACUUUGCGUCCAGGAGGAUAUUUCAGUGGUCUAGUCUCGUUGCCAGUCCCCCAACUAUAGCUUAUCGAUAUCAUGGAGACAGAGAAACCCAAGAAGAUGGUGCAGCAUACUCGACUCAUACAUCGCUUCAUCGACUUGGAGAAUGAACAUUUGGAGAUGGGCAGGCCAGAUAAGGUGGACAUUGACGAGAUCCUUUUGGAGAAGUUCCGCACAAAGAGCGAGCCGGAUAUUCUGAUUGUGGCGGGCGACACUACGUACGGCUGCCAUGCCGUGGUGCUGCGCCACUUCAGUCUGCUCUGUGAGAACGUUUAUCCCACCGGCCUGAUCACCGCUCUGCCGAAGAAUCUAACGAAGGAUGGCUUCCUGCUGGCCUACGACUACAUGCUGCUGGAUCAGAUACGCUGCAAGCGCCGCCAGCUGCUUGAGCUGCUCGACGCCGCACGCUACUACUUCAUACCGGGGCUGGUGUCCAACAUCUGCGAUCUGUUCGCCGAUCGGGAAUUCCAUACCGAAAUGGACGCAUUGAACAUGUAUUUCGCUGCCACAAGGAAGAAGAAGCUGGGCAUCGCCAGGAUGAUGAUGACCUGUGUGCGACGGUACUUCCUGCCGAUGGUCAGCACUAAGGAGUUCCGCAACAUGGCUCUGGGCUGUGUCGUGAAGCUGCUGUCCUCCGACAAGCUGGCCGUGCAGCACGAGCUGGAGGUGUUCUACGCGGCCCUCUAUUGGAUCUUCAGCGACUACCAUACCCGUAAAGCCAGCCUCAACAUUGUGUUCCGUACGGUGCGUUUUGUUCUGCUGCCGCCGAUGUUUCUGCUCAAUAUGAGCCAGCGCCUGCACGAGAUGUUGCCCCGUGUGGCCGACGAGCUGAUGCCGUUCCUGGAGUACGCCAUGCUCUAUCAGCAGAGAUCCGAAAAGGGCGGCGUUGAGGAAGAGGAGCUGCGGCUGCGGUCGCGCUGCUUGAUCACCGAUCCGGAGUGCCCCUACAUGCAGCGGAAGAAGCAGUUGAAGCUGUACGGCUUUAAGCACAUUGAAUUUCUCACCUAUAUCACCAAGCUGCGCUGCAUGGAGGACUUUCUGGCUCGCAUAACUCUCAACUAAACGUGUUUGCUUACAGUUUAUGCUGAUGCUGAUGCUUGCUUGAUUUGAAUAACCCAACGAUUAUAAUAAAUUAUGAAAACUCUG